AUGACCCUGCUGAGAGGCACAAGGUUAAGAAUGCAGUGGAAACUUCAGGGACUAACCCAGCAUCCACACAGAAGAAUUCCCACGGCUGACCCAUUUCGUCACUCCCUUAUCCUGAGAACAUGGAUUACCUCGCCUGGCCAAUUCCGCUACUCUCCAUUCCACAGAAGACGGAUACCGACAACUGAUCCAUUCAGUUAUUCUCCAUUCAACAGAAGAAGAAUACCGACAACUGACCCAUUCAGUUAUUCUCCAUUCAUCAGAAGAAGAAUACCGACAACUGACCCAUUCAGCUAUUCUCCAUUCAACAGAAGACGAAUACCGACAACUGACCCAUUCAGAUAUUCUCCAUUCAACAGAAGACGGAUACCGACAACUGACCCAUUCAGUAAUUCUCCAUUCAACAGAAGACGGAUGCCGACGACUGACCUAUUUCGUUACUCUUUUAUCUUGAGAAGACGGAUAGCCUCAACAGACCAAUUCCGCUACUCUCCAUUCAACAGAAGACGGAUACCGACGACUGACCCAUUUCGUCACUCUUUUAUCUUGAGAAGACGGAUAACCUCGACUGACCGAUUCCGCUACUCUCCAUUCAACAGAAGACGAAUACCAACGACUGACCCAUUUCGUUACUAUUUUAUCUUGAGAAGACGGAUUACCUCGACUGACCAAUUACGCUACUCUCCAUUCAACAGAAGACGGAAACCGACAACUGUCCCAUUCAGUUAUUCUCCAUUCAACAGAAGACGGAUACCGACAACUGACCCAUUCAGUUAUUCUCCAUUCAACAGAAGACGGAUACCGACAACUGACCCAUUCAGUUAUUCUCCAUUCAACAGAAGACGGAUACCGACAACUGACCCAUUCAGUUAUUCUCCAUGCAACAGAAGACGGAUACCGACAACUGACCCAUUCAGUUAUUCUCCAUUCAACAGAAGACGGAUACCGACAACUGACCCAUUCAGUUAUUCUCCAUUCAACAGAAGACGGAUACCGACAACUGACCCAUUCAGUUAUUCUCUAUUCAACAGAAGACGGAUACCGACAACUGACCCAUUCAAUUAUUCUCCAUUCAACAGAAGACGGAUACCGACAACUGACCCAUUCAGUUAUUAUCCAUUCAACAGAAUACGGAUACCGACAACUGACCCAUUCAGUUAUUCUCCAUUCAACAGAAGACGGAUACCGACAACUGACCCAUUCAGUUAUUCUCCAUUCAACAGAAGACGGAUACCGACAACUGACCCAUUCAAAGACGGAUACCGACAACUGACCCAUUCAGUUAUUUCCAUGCAACAGAAGACGGUACCGACAACUGACCCAUUCAGUUAUUCUCCAUUCAACAGAAGACGGAUACCGACUACUGACCCAUUCAGUUAUUCUUCAUGCAACAGAAGACGGAUACCGACAACUGACCCAUUCAGUUAUUCUCCAUUCAACAGAAGACGGAUACCGACAACUGACCCAUUCAGUUAUUCUCUAUUCAACAGAAGACGUAUACCGACAACUGACCCAUUCAGUUAUUCUCCAUUCAACAGAAGACGGAUACCGACAACUGACCCAUUCAGUUAUUCUCCAUUCAACAGAAGACGGAUACCGACAACUGACCCAUUCAGUUAUUCUUCAUUCAACAGAAGACGGAUACCGACAACUGACCCAUUCAGUUAUUCUCUAUUCAACAGAAGACGGAUACCGACAACUGACCCAUUCAGUUAUUCUCCAUUCAACAGAAGACGGAUACCGACAACUGACCCAUUCAGUUAUUCUCUGUUCAACAGAAGACGGAUACCGACAACUGACCCAUUCAGUUAUUCUCCAUUCAAAAGAAGACGGAUACCGACAACUGACCCAUUCAGUUAUUCUCCAUUCAACAGAAGACGGAUACCGACAACUGACCCAUUCAGUUAUUCUCCAUUCAACAGAAGACGGAUACCGACAACUGACCCAUUCAGUUAUUCUCCAUGCAACAGAAGACGGAUACCGACAACUGACCCAUUCAGUUAUUCUCCAUUCAACAGAAGACGGAUACCGACAACUGACCCAUUCAGUUAUUCUCCAUGA